CCUCGCUCGGCCACGCGGCGGCGUGCGUCGUCUCACGCGCUCCACCUCCGAUCCCGUCCAUGUCGCCGGAGAAAUCGCCCAAGUCCUCAGUUGUUCGGGAACAAAGAGUUACAAUUUCAAACAAGCAUGGGGAAAAUCUUGUUGGUUUAUUGCAUCAAGCAUGUUCAAAGAAUCUCGUGAUCCUUUGCCAUGGAUUUCGAGCUACAAAGGAUGAUAGUAUCUUGGUUGACCUCGCUUCUGCACUAACAAGUGAUGGCGUUAGCACAUUUCGAUUUGAUUUUGCUGGAAAUGGGGAAAGUGAGGGUGAGUUCCAGUAUGGAAACUACCGAAGAGAGGCAGAUGACUUACGCUCUGUUGUAUCAUAUUUUACAGAACAGAACUAUAAUAUAAUUGGUCUUGUUGGGCACAGCAAAGGAGGAAAUGCGGUGCUUUUGUAUGCUUCCGUGUACCAUGAUAUUCCCAUUAUUGUCAAUAUUUCUGGACGCUUUUCAUUAGAGCGUGGUAUUGAUGGGCGCCUGGGAAAAAACUUCAUGCAGAGAAUAAAGAAAGAUGGAUACAUAGAUGUCAGGAACAGAAAAGGGGAGUUUGAGUACCGUGUGACAGAGGAAAGUCUGAAAGAUCGGCUGAGCACUGAUACCCUUCUUUCGAGCCGUUCCAUAAGCAAAGACUGCAGGGUCCUUACAAUUCAUGGCUCUAAAGAUGAAAUUGUCCCGGUGGAAGACGCACUAAUGUUUGCAGCAAAUAUCCCCAACCAUGAGUUGCACAUAAUAUUAGAAGCGAACCAUCGCUACACAGGCCAUGAGAAAGAGCUAACCACACUUGUCCUGGACUUCAUCAAGUCCCAACUUCAUUUUUCAUCGUCCUUGCGUCCAAAACUGUAACUGUUUUAACCUUUGCAAUGCCUGAUGUUUGAAAUUUCAAUGAGGCCGGGCCAUGCUGAUUAUAUGUAUGUGAAGCUCUGUUUGACAAGCUCGCAAUUUCUUUUCCA